AUGGCUCUCUUUUCUACCAGCAAAGCAUCAAUUGCCACCAAACUGGCCACUGUUACCCCACGAUCCGGAGGAUCACUUCAUAAAAUCACAUGCGGCUUGCAACCACGGUUCAAUUCAACUUCAGUGUUGACUGGGUUGAAAAGUAAACCUGAAGCCAAGGCCGCUCUCCCACCUCUGUCAGGUCUACCCGCCAGCGUGCUGCUUAGAUCACUCCUCAUUUCUGCCAUCUCUUCCAAACCAUAUCUACUUCGUCCUUCUCUGUCGAUAUUAUCCUUCCUUUGUAAGCCUCACAGAAAUCUCCUUUUUGAUGUGGAUAAAAAUGUGGCGCUGCAUUGGAUUAUGAAAUCGGUAUUCUACAAACAAUUCUGUGCCGGGGAAACUCAUAACGAGGUGAAAUCCACGAUCCGCCACUUCAAAGAUAUGGGAUUUCAGGGUACAAUCAUGACGUACGCCAAAGAGACGGUAUUUGAUCAUCGGACAAAUGCACAACAGGGUCUAGGCAUUACGCAGAAGGUGGGAGAGAAUGUCUCUGGAAGUACAUUUUGUCCUCAUAUCGAAGCCUGGAGAAAGGGAACGGUCGAUACAGUCGAGCUACUUGGUGAAGGUGAUUACCUGGCUGUCAAGUUGACUGGAGCUGGCCCGACUGUCACUAAUGCCUUUGCCGCAAAGGAACUGCCGCCAUCCCAGAUGAUUGAUGCACUGGAUGAGAUUUCUAUAAAAUGCAAGGAGCGAGGCGUUCGCAUAUUGGUAGACGCCGAGUCUCAGCAUUUCCAAUGGGGUAUUCUCCGCCUCACCAUGGAACUGAUGAAAAAAUACAAUGGCGACGGAUAUGCAUUGAUUUACAACACAUACCAGGCAUAUCUAAAGAGCACUCCCGAUACUUUAUCCAAGCACCUCGCUGUGGCCAACGAAGAAGGUUUCACCCUGGGGUUGAAAUUGGUACGCGGAGCAUAUAUCGCUACUGACGAGAGAUCUUUAAUCCACGAUACUAAGCAACAUACCGAUGAUGCCUACAAUACUAUUUCCCAAGGUGCACUGAGAAAAGAAAUAGGAGAAUUUGGACGCAAGGGAGGUCGUGCCUUUCCCUCUAUCAAUUUGUUUUUAGCCAGUCACAACAAAGCUAGUGUACUCGCUUGCCACCAGCUACACCAACAACGGCUGAAAGCCAAAUUGCCUACAGUGCCAGUGGGCUAUGCACAGUUGCACGGCAUGUCCGACGAAGUAAGUUUUAGUUUGCUACAAUUAAAGGGCCCAGAUGGGGAUCCGAAAGUAUACAAGUGCUCUACGUGGGGAGGACUGGGAGAGUGUCAAGCCUAUCUACUUCGGCGGGCGAUUGAGAAUCGGGAUGCGGUCUUGAGGACAGGGGAUGAAUAUCGGGCACUUAAGGCAGAAGCUGGGAGAAGGCUGAAGUCGGCUGUUACUUUUUCUACGUAA